GGGCAACAGGGAGGGGAGAAAAAGAGAAACGUUGAAACAGAAUCUCUCUCUCUCUCUGUGGUGUGUGUGUGUGUGUGUGUGUGUUUCUUCCCGAACGCAACGCGCGUAUUUCCACUCGCAGAUUGCGAGGCUCCGCGGCACGCGCGCACACGCUCGCUCGCUCAUACACUCACGUACCCAGUCACACACACUCUGAACCAGCCGAGAGAGGAAAGAAUGAGGAAGAACUCGCACGCACAUUUCAGCUCUCACAGAUUUGCUGAUAAAGCAACAGAUUUUUGAUCACUGCGUAUCUGUUUGGGGGAAUACUCGCGUGGGUCUCUAAUAUUUCCUGCAUCUCCUAUAUAAAAACCUUGACUAAUGCGAGCUGGGAUACUACGGACGGCUUCCGACACGCACUGUCAGCGUUAAGACUCCUGCCGUUUUCCCACAGAUUGACUACUUCAUUGAGCACCGUUACGAAGUUUGCCGCCGAGUAAGGAACGAUGAGGCACCGUGAGAACUCCCCACGCCUCUUCCUGAGCUUUCGAUGUCUAGUCAUCAUAGUGAUAAUGCUCUACAAAGUCCACCAUGUGACAGCAGAACAUGCUCCAGACCACAGCCAGGAUCACAGUUCUCCUGCCAACAAGUCUUUAAAUUGUGGUGGGACAGUUACAUGUCUCUCAGGAGUAAUCCUUCCAGUGUGGGAGCCCCCAAACCCUUCGUUUGGGGACAAGGUAGCCCGGGCCACCGUUUACUUUGUGGCAAUGGUUUACAUGUUUCUGGGAGUUUCGAUUAUUGCUGACCGUUUCAUGGCAUCCAUUGAGGUCAUCACCUCUCAGGAGAAGGAGAUCACCAUUAAGAAACCAAAUGGUGAAACGACCACUACGACUGUACGCCUCUGGAACGAAACUGUGUCCAACCUCACUCUCAUGGCUCUGGGGUCUUCUGCUCCUGAAAUUCUGCUCUCAGUCAUUGAAGUGUGCGGCCAUAACUUUGAAGCUGGUGACCUCGGACCCUCUACCAUCGUAGGCAGUGCAGCUUUUAACAUGUUCGUCAUUAUAGGAAUCUGCGUCUACGUGGUGCCCGAUGGCGAGCAUCGUAAAGUGAAACACCUGCGUGUUUUCUUUGUCACUGCCACUUGGAGCAUCUUCGCCUACUUGUGGCUCUACCUGAUCUUGGCUGUUAUCUCGCCAGGCGUCGUCCAGUUGUGGGAGAGUCUUCUCACUCUUUUCUUCUUUCCUAUUUGCGUGGUCUUUGCUUGGAUCGCUGACCGCCGCCUCCUGUUUUACAAGUAUGUUUACAAGCGUUACCGAGCUGGCAAGCACCGUGGCAUGAUCAUCGAAAUGGAAGGGGACCGUCCUCUGCCAUCCAAGGUGGAUAUUGAGAUGGACGGAAAGAUGCUCAACUCUCAUGCAGUGGACUUCUUGGAUGGAACUCUGGCUUUGGAACUGGAGGACAAAAACCUAGAUGAGGAUGAAGCUAGACGUGAAAUGGCGAAGAUUCUGAAGGAACUGAAGCAGAAACAUCCCGAUAAAGAGAUGGAGCAGUUGAUUGAACUCGCUAAUUACCAGGUGCUCAGCCAGCAGCAGAAGAGCCGUGCAUUCUACCGAUGCCAAGCGACCCGGUUAAUGACCGGAGCAGGUAACAUUCUGAAGAAGCAUGCGGCAGACCAAGCCCGCAAAGCAGUGAGCAUGCAUGAGGUGCGCAGUGACACUGGAGAAAAUGACCCGAUUUCUAAGAUCUUUUUUGACCCUGGCUCUUAUCAGUGCCUAGAAAACUGUGGAACCACGGCGGUGAACGUAAUUCGACGUGGAGGUGAUGUCAACCAGACCGUGUCGGUGGAAUUCCGCACAGAAGAUGGGACCGCAAAUGCCGGCUCAGAUUAUGAAUUUACAGAAGGCACUAUCGUUUUCAAACCAGGCGAGACACAAAAGGAGAUCAGAGUUGGAAUUAUUGACGAUGACAUCUUUGAAGAAGACGAGAACUUCCUCAUCCACCUCAGCAAUGUCCGUGUGCUUCAUGAGGGUGAUGAGCCAGAUACCACUAAAGCCAGUCACAUGGAAACCAUCGCUACGCUCGGUGUGCCCUCCACAGCAACAGUUACCAUCUUUGAUGAUGACCAUGCUGGAAUCUUCACAUUUGAAGAGCCAGUCACCCAUGUUAGUGAGAGUGUGGGUGUCAUGGAAGUGAAGGUCCUGCGUACGUCUGGGGCCCGUGGAGUGGUGUCACUGCCAUAUAAAACCAUUGAGGGAACUGCACAUGGAGGGGGAGAGGACUUUGAAGACACCCACGGUGUUCUGGAGUUCCAAAACGAUGAAAUCUUGAAGACGAUAUCAGUCAGGGUUCUCAAUCGAGAGGAAUACAAUAAGCAAUGCAGCUUUUUCAUAGAGCUACAGACGCCCAUUUGGAGAAGGAGAGGAUGGACAGUAUACAGAGAGGAGGAGAAAGAGCCGGUGCAGGAAGAGGAGGAGCCUCUGACAGGUGAAGAAGAACAACGCAUUGCUGACAUGGGGAAGCCAAUGCUAGGAGAACACCCCAAACUGGAGGUUGUCAUCGAGGAAUCCUAUGAAUUCAAGAAUACAGUUGAUAAAUUGAUUAAAAAGACAAACUUGGCUCUUCUGGUUGGCACCAACAGCUGGAGGGACCAGUUCAUCGAGGCCAUAACAGUCAGCGCUGGUGAGGACGAUGAUGAUGAAGAAUGUGGAGAGGAGAAGCUUCCCUCCUGCUUUGAUUACGUCAUGCAUUUCCUCACUGUCUUCUGGAAAGUUCUCUUUGCCUUUGUCCCACCCACCGACUACUGGAACGGAUGGGCAUGUUUCGUGGUGUCGAUCAUUAUGAUUGGCGUCCUGACGGCUUUCAUCGGAGACCUGGCCUCACACUUCGGCUGCACCGUCGGACUCAAAGACUCCGUCACAGCAGUGGUGUUUGUGGCGCUGGGAACUUCAGUCCCAGACACCUUUGCCAGUAAAGUGGCAGCGAUACAGGAUCAGUACGCCGACGCGUCCAUUGGAAACGUGACAGGCAGCAACGCCGUGAACGUCUUCUUGGGCAUCGGAGUGGCCUGGUCCAUCGCCGCCAUCUACCACAACUCAAAGGGCCACGAUUUCAAGGUGGACCCGGGUAGCCUGGCCUUCUCUGUCACUCUCUUCACCAUUUUCGCCUUUAUCUGCGUGGCAGUGCUCAUGUACCGUCGCCGGCCCGACAUCGGCGGCGAGCUGGGGGGUCCGCGGACUGCUAAAGUGCUGACCACCAUGCUUUUCGUCAGCCUCUGGCUCCUCUACAUCCUGUUCUCCUCUCUGGAGGCUUACUGCCACAUCAAGGGCUUCUAAACACACAUACAAGCGCUCACACAUGCAUACACACGCAAAAGAACUACACACCUUCACACAGUGACACACACAUCAUACAUUCUGUGGAAAACACGCAAAGACUAAAGGGAAAAGACUAAAGACUGGAGAGGAAGGCAACAGCGGAGGACUCGGUUUCGGGUUCAUGUGGAUAAUCGUUUUCCGCAGACCAUCGGCCUGUUCUUCUGUUCUCUCAACACACCACUCCUUCAUCCUCUUCUUCUUCUGUUUGUUGUUUGACUGCAUCUGAUUGGACGGGGUGUGACCACAGUGUUCAAACAUCAAAUCUAGACUAUGAAAAGCUACUGUUGCUACCUUUAACUAAUGUAGUUGUGCUUUUUUUAACCUAAACCAGUAUAAAUGCCAAGUGGGACUGUGGAAUCUGUAAGCUCCCUUCAUAGUGCCAUAGAACUCUGGAUAAUGUGGCUUUGUGUUAUAGGUUUGUCAUCUUAAUGUUGACCGAGCGGUACUGUAAUUUUACUAGGGUGAUUUUUCAGACACAUUACUUUAUGUGUCUACAAAUAAUGUAAUCUGAGCGGUCCUAACUGAAAGGGGUCAACUUUUGCCGUUCGUGUACGGCUCGGACAUCCUCCUAAACCGCUUUUGUUGUUCUUGAGCAGCUUCUAGUUCCCGUUGAAGGCCAGUUUUUAUCCUGCUCUUGCACUGGUGCAGUUCAUUCCAGUUCAGAAAGAGAAUAACAAUUAGGAGAGUGCAGAACGCCAGCUCUAAUCUCUGAAGCUUUAGAGACCAGAGGUGCACUAGUGCAAGACUUUGAUUUAAAAGCCUUGAUCUGACGCUCUCAAAGAUCAUAAAGUAAGUGCUAUUGAAGAACUCGGGUUAAGGAACAUCCUGAAUUUUCGAACAUAAAUAUACCGCAGUUGGUUACUGAUUUGAUUAUUAAUUUAUGCAAUCGAUGGGCCGUGUGUGAGGUCAGUCUAGUGAAGAUAAUCCAGCAUGUGACAUGCUUUUGCCAACAUCACAUUGAGAGUUUACAAUUAUGACUGUUACUUUCUGUCCAAACCCACAUUCGUACAUUUACACACACAUAAUUUCAACAUUUUGGUCUCAGACACAAUUUACAGUCUUACACAUGCAAGCAUGUAUAAUUGGUAGACUUUUGCUUGAUAAACUUGCUCAUACAGAUAUAGUCAGUCACUCAUCUAUGUGGCGUUUACGAGGGCACGCUUUCCCUCCAACCCUGCUGAGAUUGCUUCUUUGUACUGUGUAGAUUCGCUGCUUAUGGAGCUGUAAGGUAAAGCUCAUAGAGUAGUCACGGUUUUAGACGUAGGUCGAUUUUAAAAGCAGAAAUUGUAGAACUAAUCUGAAUUUGACUCUUAAUACCUUUAGUAUAGCAUGGUUUAACACAAACAAACAUUUUGAAAAUGCAAUUGCAGGAUUUUGAGCACAGUAGUUCGGAUGUAGUUAUUUUGGAUCUAUUGUGUAGUUUGCGACAAAUUUGCCAAAGGGAAAAUCUUUCUAAUGGAGAACUGUAGUGUGCCACAAAGCCCCUGAACUGGGCUUUCUAUUUCAAAUCGUACGUUUUUUUACCCACACCAAAAAUAUCCAUGCAAGGAUAAAGAGGACAUGGUGACAUUUCUUAUAGGUGUUUGUACUGAAGGGAUCCAGCCUAAAGCUCUUUUACUGCAUCUGAAGACCUUUUCUUGUAAUGAAAGCGUGCUUUUAAAGGGGUUCUGUGUUGGGGUUUGUAGUUUCAGUUGCUUGAUUUUGAAAGAGAAGAAACAUUUAGCUUGAACAGCAGUUUAUUCUUUCUUUUUUGUUGUGUUGGUUUUAUUUUGGCUUUACAUUAAUGAAAGGAAAGUAUAUUGUACCAGCUCCAGGGCAUUUCUGUAGGAAAACUUUGAUGAUUACCUUUAAUCGCUGACGAAGAUGAUCCGCUGUUGAUUGCUCAUUCUAAGAUACACAAGAAAGACACUACAAACAAAGAAGGAAAAAACCAACAACAAUAAAAAAAGACUUUUUCCUGAAGCUUAUUAUAUAUUUAACCAAUAAACAAGCAGAUGGAGGUGAAGUGAAGUUGGUGAAACCAUGUGAAUUACAGCCAUACUAAGUUUUGCUGAGAAGACUUUCGCGGCUUGCUAGCCGUCAAACCAACCGACCGCAGGUGCGCCUCUCCGUACGGGGCGUUCAAACUGUACAUGGUCGCUACGGUUUAUACUGUAUAUGUAUUUGCUUUAGCAGAGCAGGGAACAGCAAUUGUGCGUCUGUGCUCUAUAAAUCAGGGCGUGGCUGCAUUGGAACCGCCCCCCUGUGGAACCUAACCCCUCCCCUUACCCCGCCCCCUUGUUUGCCUUGUCCAUAUUCGGAACGUUAAUGUGCUUCGUGUUGUCAAUGCAUGGAUGCUAACCUGUCUGUAUAUAGUACGCAGAACCACCUUCAUUAAUGUAGUCGACAGAGGUUUGAAAGCUGUAGAGAUUUUCAGACUUUUGUUUCGUUUGCUCGUUCGUUUGAGUUCCCUGUCCGUAAGUUUCAUUUAAAUGUGUUUUCUUUACUUGCACAUGUAUAUUAAAAAGGCAGUAUCUGUCGUUUGGUGCAGGAGCACAUGUCCGAACGAAGGAAGCAGUAUAUCAAGGCCCUUUGCUUGGCUGUUGCAAUAGUUGUAUUAUUUAACAGUAUGAAAUAUUUGAUCACUGAAGCGUUUAGGUGUGUAUGUAUAUACUGUACAGUAGAAUGGAGAAAGAGUCAGCACUCUGCCAUUAUCACAGAGAGAGUGCAACAUAUUUAUUUAAGACUUCUGAAUGACAAAUAUUGCCUUUUGGAUUGAUUGUUGCAUAGAGCUUGUUUUGUCCUAGUUUCUUCGCUGAGCAGUGUGUGCGCGCGAGUGUGUGUUUUUGUGUUCGUUUGGUGGGUCUGGAGCAGCCUGUGAUAUUUGUAAGAAUUAAAGGAACAUAUAAUCCGUUAUUUAUCUGCUCCCGAGUCUGUAAACCAUCUGGGAAAUGUCUGUAAAACAUUAGGAGAAUGUGUGUGAAGCGUCAGGGUUGUGUAUGUCUUACAUUCCUAAACCUCCUCUCUCUUCCUCACUGCUCAGAUGGACUCUAGUCUUUCAGGGGUUUAAUACUAAUAUUUGAUAAUAUAAUUUCCUCCUCCCCCUCGCUCUAUCCCUCUCUUUCUCUUUCUCUCUCUCAUCCAAGGCCUCACUAGCAUCUUGCAUUAAUGUGUCCAGUGAAAUUCUGUAGGCUGGAUGUUGUAAACAAUCGUGGUGUACAGUAUAUGUGUAAAGAUGUUCCUGGUAUUCCUGAACAGUGCGUGUAUGUGUGUAAAUGACUACAUUUCACUUAUUUUUAGUGUAUAAAUUUAGAGCAUGUAUAAAGGUUUGCAUAAUCACUUAUACUGCAGAGAAUAUUGAUCUUAACUAGUCAUUUUGUCUUGUUUUCUUGUAAGAAAUACCUAAGAACCUAUCAACCAAGAUAGAUUUAUGUAAGAUAUUUAGACUUGUUUUCAAAGAAUACAUUUCGAAUACAUCUCAUCUUGUUGUUGUUUCAAGCUUAAAUCUAACAAUUUAAUGAGCUUAAUGCUUAAAAACGAGGUGAAAAUUAAAUAUUAAGUAAUAAAAGAGAAUAUUUUGCAGGAAAACAAGACAAAACACUCUCAUGCCAAAGCAGGAUUGAAUGUAUUGUAUGUAACGUAAUAGCUGGUCUAAAUGAAGGCUGUAAGUUUUAUUAUCUUAUCUGUCUUGUACAGAUCGAGCAAAUCAUUGUGUGUGUUUGAUCGCUGUAAGCUAACGCUGAUAGUCAUGUUAAUGCAAGUGUGUGUGGCCUUGUGGCAUAGUGUGUCUUACUCGGUCCUCUUGUCAUGGGCUUAUUAAAGCUGACUCUAUUUUUCUCCCCUCUCUCUCUUAUCUCUUCUUUCUCUCUUGCAUUUUUUGCUUUAUGUCACGCUGUGUUUUGUUCGUUAGGUUGUUUUAAUUUCAAUCUGAAUAAUUAAAUAUAAGACUGUUUUGUUUUUGUUUUGAUUUGUUUUUUUGUUGCACUCAAUCUAAUAAGAUGGACGUCCACUAACUGUGAUUGCUCCCUUAGUACACCUCUACACAGGAAAUAAAGUUUGGGAUAUCCUGUUUAGAGCCAA